AUGGGAGAGGACGAGAUCAUGGAUGAAUGUGAGUAUGAGUAUGAAGAUAGUAUUUUUUAUGAUGAAAAGUAUCCUAAUGAUGAGUCAUACUUAGAUGAGUUGCAGCAGGAAGAAGAGUUGGGUGAUGAGUUAGCCGGUGAGGAGAUUUUUGCAGAAUUGACAGAUUAUGAUUAUGAUGAUGCAUAUGAAUUGGAUUCAAUUGAGGAUUUAUUGAAACUUGACUUUUUAAGCAUUGGUGAGGUUGAAGUUGACAAGUUUCACUUUGGAACCCUAGCCAUUGCUUUUGAAUUUUACAACAGAUUUGCCAAGAGCCAAGGUUUCAGUGCAAGAAAAGACAAAAACUGGAAGAACUCAACCGACGAGACCUACAUGCAGAGAUUUGUGUAUUUUCGGCAAGGAUAUCGAUUAGAGAAGUGGUUAUUGCCAGCUCAAAGGAGUAUGUCCAAAGCCGAAAUUGCACUCAUGAACAAUAUGCGCAAGUCGGGGAUUAGCACAUCCCAGGUUUAUGCUUUGCUAGCAAGUCAAAGUGGUGGUUUUGACAAGUUGAACUAUGGCCCCAGAGACAUGUACAAUCAAAUAGCUAAGGCGAGGCGUGAGAUUCCAGAGGACGUGGGUAGAGCAUUAAAUUAUUUGGAGGGGAUGGCUGCAAACGAUAAAUCUUUAUACUACGAAGAGCUUCGGGCAACGGAUGGAAGGUUACUAAAUCUCUUUUGGUGUGAUGGUGUCAACCAUCACAACCAAAUUAUUGUCUUUGCUGCAUGCAUUGUAACAGAUGAGACGGAUGAGACUUAUAUAUGGGUGUUGCAACAGUUUUUGGAGGCAAUGAAUGGUAGAGUCCCAUCCUCUGUGAUAACUGAUGGGGCAAGGGCAAUGAAGAAUGCGAUUGAGAAAGGAUUAUAUGUUAGGAGAUUACGAGCAGUGUUCCGUAACAAGUGGCAAAUAUUGGUAGAGGAAUUUGGGGUUGAGGAAAAAGAAUGGCUAAAUGAAAUUUAUGAGAAACGUCGAUCAUGGGCAACAUGUUACAUCCGAGGGAAGUUCUUUGCUGGAUUUAGGACUACAUCACGCUGCGAGGGUUUGCAUUCAUUGAUUGGGAAGUACACUAAGCCUCAUUAUGACUUAUCCGAGUUUAUUGAGCACUUCCAACGAAUGUUGGGCCAUAUGCGUUUUAGGGAAUUUUAUGCUGAAUAUGAAUCUGCUCGUGGAGUUCCAGUUAUGCAAACUUGUAUUGAACCCCUUGAGAUGUGUGCUGCUGAUACUUACACAAGGGAGGUAUUCUUUUUAUUCAGGCCUAUUCUUGUUCGGUCGGGUGCAAUGAGAGUCGUGGAUUACCAAACAAGAGACAAUAGUAUAAUUUAUUAUGUUUGUAGGUAUGCCAAACCAACAAAGGUGUGGGAGGUUGAGUGUGUGGAUAAUGGUAACGCAAUCACUUGUUCAUGCAUGCGUAUGGAAUCAUUCGGUAUUUCCUGUGAACACAUUAUCUCUGUAUUGGUCCGUAGGGAUGUGCGCGAAAUUCCUAAAUGUCUAGUGUUGCAUAGAUGGACUAAGAAUGCAAAAGAAUCUAUGUCUGAGUCAAGUAGUUUUACAAGCGAAUUACAAGUUAGCAGUCGACUUUGUAUCCUCAAUGAGUAUGCUAGGAUGAUGUCAGAGGUUGCAUGUGCUACUACAGAGAGGUUCCAUGAAGCAAGGGAUCUUAUGCUUGAUCUUUAUAGCUCAUACAAAGCACUAGAUGAAGGGAACACGCCUUCAAAACCUAGACUGGGAUGUGGUACCAAUCCUAAAGGGCAUAGUGGUCGGAAAAAGCCCCAACGUUGCAGUAAUUGCAAGAAACCUGGUCAUAAUAAAACUUCUUGUUCAAAGCGCAAUGAAAAUGCUUUCCGUACACAAGGUAGCUCUACCCGUCAAACUGAUGCAAUUUAUGAUGAUGAAUGCAUGGAUGAUGUGGAAUACGAAACUCAAGAAUGGUGGUGA